AAUCAAGACGAAGUGAGCAAAAGCUUUUCCGGACCUGUAAACUUCUCCUGUAACUUCACGAGAGCAUCACUGCACCGUCCACAGUCACUAGCUCAUUUCUCUCGAGGACUUGUGUUUCAGUUCUAGCUGUUUAUAAUUAUUAUUAUUUGUUGUUUGUUUGUUUUGAACAGUUAUAGUAUCGUCUUUAUUGUUCCCUCGGGUAAUUAUCCGGGGCUAUCACGAGGACAGAUCUCCAGAGAGACGGUGAGCGUCGAGAGUUUCUGUGAGGAAGCGGAGGCGCCUCGUCACGUCACUCGGUGCUCGUGCGCUCGGCAGGAAACGCUCUUUCCUCCGGAUAGUUGCGCUCUUUUCCGCUGGCUCAAUGCGCCUCUCCGUCCAGAACCCGCGGGUGCCAGCCAGAAGGGAAAAUGUCUCCUUCUACUGCGGACAGAACCUCUCUCGGACUCUUAGCGACGGUGUUCUCCGUGUUUCUAACGGCUCUCCAAACGCGCACGGCCGACGCGCUCCAGAUUCAACAGGCGUUCGCGACUCCCAGCCGCACCAAUAACUUCGUGGUGGACGCGGUGUCGCGUCGCGUUUACCUGGCCGCGGUCAACAGCCUGUACCAGCUGAACGCCACGCUAUCCAGAGAGGCGGAGACGCGCACGGGACCGGUGCUGGACAACCCGCUGUGCCACGCGCCGCAGCUGCCGCAGGCGAUGUGCGAGCACCAGAAGACUCUCACCGACAACCACAACAAGCUCCUCGCGCUGGACCGCGAGCAGGGCGUGCUGCUGGCCUGCGGGUCGGUGUACCAGGGCUUCUGCGAGCUGCGCAGCAUGGACAACGUGUCCCGGGUGGCCGUCAAGUUCCCGCAGGACGGGACCACCGUGUUCCCCAGCAUGCUCAACAUCGCGGCCAACCACGAGGACGCGAGCACCGUGGGGCUGAUCUUCCGGAGUCACGGCGGCGCGCCGCGGCUGCUGGUGGCAGCGACCUUCACGGGCAUGGGGAGCGAGUAUUUCCCCAAGAACCACAGCAAAGAGGACCUGCGCUUCGAGAACACGCCCGAGAUCGCCAUCCGCUCGCUCAACACCAAAGACCUCUUCACCUACAACAUCAACCCGUCCGAGGACAACGUGUUCAAGAUCAAGCAAGAAGUCAAGCAGAAGAACAAGCUCAGCUUCGUGCACGCCUUCGUUCACAAGAACUACUCGUACAUCGCCAUCAACAACGACGCGAACACGGGUCUGAAGGAGAGCCAGCCCAACAGCAUCCUGGCGCGCAUCUGUCUGGACACGGACGAUCCCCGCAGGUCCGCGGAGAGCCGCAAACUCACCGAGUCCUACAUCCAGAUGGGCCUUCAGUGCGGAUCCGACGGGAACAUCUACAACCGCCUGCUCUCCAUCUGCCCCGCGGACAUCAGCGCGCACAGCGCGGCGGGACCGGAGCCCUAUCUGUUCGGGGUGUUCGCGCGGACGGGCGGCCAGUCGGCUGUGUGCGCGUUCCGCGUGGCGGAUGUGGAGGAGAGGAUCCGCCAGGGCCGCCGUAACUGCUCGAACGGGCCGAACAGCGACGUGCAGGUGCUGGACAGCGUCAUCCAGGGCUCCGGGGCCCAGUGCGAGCUCAAGGGGGCCAUCAAGCUUCAGGAGGAGCAGCUGAACUGUGGGGCCGCUCACCUGCAGCACCCGCUGGCCCUGAUGAGGCCCCUGAGGGCCCCACCCAUCUACGAGGCCCCGGGACUCAGCUCUAUUGCUGUUGACAACGUCCACAACCGCACCGUGGUGUUUCUGGGGACCAGCCGGGGCCGUCUGCGAAAGCUGUCUCUGCUGGCCAACCUGUCUGUGGCCAAUCAGUGGUCACUGAGACUCCCAGCUAACGAACCUGUUCACCACAUCAUGACCUUCGACCCCAGCGACCACAACUACCUGUACCUCAUGACCACACACCACUUCCUGCGGGUUCAGGUGUCUGUGUGUGGCCUCUACAACUCGUGCAGUGAGUGUCUGAGUGCCGGCGAUGCCCACUGUGGCUGGUGUACACUGGAGAAAAGGUAAAACACUCACUCUCAUCCUCCCACCAUUCACACUAUAACCACAGCAAAGGAACCCAACAUAAA